GUCCCACGCAGUGAGAGCGGGCCUCAAAGUGCUCAGCUCGUGCGGUGCGCUCCAACACGUGAGAAAAGUUUAAGAAAGUUUUGAAGCGAUGAAAAUUUACCACAGAACCAAACUUCAGUCACAUUUAAAGCUUCUAUAUCUAUCGGGUGUCCAGCUGGAAAUUCUGCGACAACUUUUGUGCCGCUGCGUUAAUUAAUUGUUGACUCAUAAUUUAAGCAAUAUUUCAGGAAACAAACGUUAUUUCUCGCUUGGCGUCCGCUUUGCUCUCUUUAAACGUCGAUGUUUCUCGCUGCCUCCCAUUCAUCUGGCAGAGCGGAGGAGCCCGCGUCCAAGGAGAGGAUACAAUGAAGCAGUGUGUCCUUGUCCGAGACAAUGCAGCAAGAUGCUACGAUGGGAAGACACUGUUUCUCACAAGAUCGGGGAUGUUUUGCUCGCUUGCAGAGAGAGGCCAGCUUAAAGAAUGAAUCUCCAGCCUCAGUAUAUCAAGCUAUGACUGACACACUGACCGACUAGACGUCUGAUUACAAAGCCAGGACUCAAGAAUGAAGACCAAAUAUGCAAUUGUCUUCAUCUGUAUUGUGGCCCUGGUCAUCAUCGAAAAGGAGAGCAACAUCCUAUCAAGGGUCUCUGAUAAGCUGAUCCAGAGGCAGACUCCACAGCAGACCCCGCAAACUCCACUGGAUUACAGCAACACGACACAAAAUGGCUCCCUGAUGGUGCUCAAAAUGCUGCUCUCUAAACAGGCUGGUACAAAAGGGAAUUACUCUAAUCUCUCUGAAGAAGAUGAUGUAGACACCUACAGCUACAGCGGUGGCCGUAAGCACAUAUUACUCUUGGCCACCACGAGAACAGGUUCCUCUUUCGUGGGGGAAUUUUUCAACCAGCACGGAGAGAACAUGUUCUACUUGUUUGAGCCUUUGUGGCACGUAGAGCGCAUGCUGACCAUGGCUGCAGAGGCCAACAACGGGACAGUGUUGGCAGGAAUCUACCGGGAUGUACUCCAGGGGCUUUUUCUGUGUGAUUUCUCUCCUCUUGAGAAGUUCAUUUCUCCCCCACCUCAGGACCACGUCACCGCGGCCCUUUUCCGCAGAGAGUCUAGUUUAUCGCUCUGUGAAGAGCCUGUCUGCUCUCCUGUGAUCAAAGAUGUUUUUGAGAGGUAUCAUUGCAGGACUCGUCGCUGUGGGCCGCUCAACUUUACUCUUGCAUCUGAAUCUUGCCUUUCCAAGCAACACCAUGCCAUUAAGACUGUCCGUGUGCGCCAGCUGGACACGCUGCAGCCUUUGGUGGAGGACCCUCGCCUGGAUGUGAGAAUAAUCCAGCUAGUCCGUGAUCCACGGGCCAUCUUAGCAUCCCGCAUGGUGGCUUUCUCUUCAAAGUACCAGACGUGGAAGGCCUGGGCGCAGGACGGCCAGGUGCCUGAGGAUGACGAGGAGGUCAAAAGGCUUAAAGGAAACUGUGACCACAUUAGGAUGUCUGCAGAAGUGGGGCUGAGCCAACCUCACUGGCUUAGGAGCCGCUACAUGUUGGUACGUUAUGAGGAUAUUGCUCGCUAUCCCAUGCAGAAGGCAGAGGAGAUGUACAAGUUCACAGGGAUACCAUUUAGUCCCCAAGCCAGGGAGUGGAUUCUGAGGAACACUCAGACCACACAGGAAGCUAGCGGGAUUUACUCCACACAGAAGAACUCAUCAGAGCAGGCAGAAAAAUGGAGAUUUAGUAUUCCCUUUACACUGGCUCAGGUAGUGCAGAGAGUGUGUGGACCCACCAUGAAGCUGUUUGGCUACAGGUUUGUGGAUGAUGAAAAUACACUGACUGAUAAGUCCAUCAGCUUGUUGGAGGAGAAACUGUUUCACUAACCUUGUGGUCAAAAAUGUAACUGUGAAUCUGCAAAAAAAAAAACCAAACAAAAAAAAAAAAAAACUGCACAGGAUGGAUGGGAGCUGAGAGAAGCCAUUAUUGCACAAACCAAAACUCGUCAUAAAAGUUGCCAUAAUAGACACAAAAUGCAUUUCACUCUUUUUUUUUCUUUUUUUUUUUUACUGUUGACAGUAACAUUUGGGCUAUAAAAUGAUAUCCAUACUCACCAAUGAUGUGCCUCAUCGUAACAAUGAAGAGCCACUUGAGAAAGAGAAGUAUUUAUUUGUGUUCACCGAGAAGCCUGGUAUUUAAGCUUUAUGUCAUGCUCUGUGUUUCAUUUAUUUCAAUUAAAUAAGCAUAGACGUUAAGCCUGAAUUGUAAGAGAUUAUUAUGUAAGAUUUUACUGAUAGUUGAUCAUAUUUAGAUUUUCAGGGAUAAACUAAAGUGAAAGUGAUGUAUGUGUGUCUUGUUUGUGUGUGUGUCUGCUCAUGAUUUAUGACGCUAGUGCUUAAUAACGCCUAGUUCAAUCUGUUUUGUGUUUUGAUAGAUCCUCACUAGACUAGAAAACUGAUCACAUUAGACCUGAUGUGCUUUGACAGGGCCUUACGUAUUUGACUCAGGUAAAGUGAAUGUUGAAAAGAGGAGUAUUCAUAUUAUUUCCAAAAGUUUGGUGUGUGAAAUGUCUUCAAAUGCCAUUUAAAGCAAUACCUGUGUGAUUUAAUUCACAUGAUCACACCACAGUAUACCAUAGAAAAUAGGUUGUUAAGGAUGGAUAUAUAAUACUCAUGAGGUUAUAUGAAAUAAGGCUCUUCUGCUAUAGAAGCACUAUAUUUCUAAUGCCUAUAUUUUGCUUCAGAUACCGACCUUGUGUCUUCAACAUACAGUACAUCUGUAAAAAGUUGAAAAUUCAGUAGAAAUAGCUUUAGCAAUGCAUUCUCCAGUGCUGCUCUACUUCUAACUAAACUGGCUGUUUUGGGUGUCAUUUCACAUAAACAUUAUCCCUGAUAAUAAACCGAAGCUCCUGUCAGCAAACUGCCCUGAAUCUCAACGUGUGUUCAUGGACACAAGAACAAAAUUCGAUUGUGCAAGUAGUUUUAUUAAUCAUUUCCCAGCUCAAAGUUAAGACCUGCUAAGUUCAAUAUACUCACCCUUUAAAAUGAUUAGUUGUGAGAUUCUUGGGUGUUGAGGGUUUAGCUGACAGUAAUAUGUAAGGUGUGUGUGUGUGUGUGUGCUGUAUUAAUGUGGCCUAUGACUUUAAGCAAAACCCAGGUGCUUUUGCGUUAACUGUCACUCUUGAUGGUAUAUAAAGGUAUCCACUGUGACUCUAGUUCAAUGACAGCAUUGUGUUCAGCUUGGCUGAGGCGCUGCUGAAACUGCUGUGCUGCUCAUGGAAAGGGAUAUGCAUUUGAGGUACAUAUAGUAGAGGGCUUAUACUACCGUAGUGUUGAGAACACAAAUAUGAAUACAUUACAACUAGUAAGUCUUAGGUUGGUGAGACUUACUAUUCAAGUAUUUUAGCCAAAAUGUAUACUGUAAAACACCAAGUGCAACUGAAACAAUGGAUGUAGUCAGUUUAUACAUUCAGCUAAUUCAGAUGUGUCAGUAAUCAUUUGGGACAAAUACAGUUUUGUAGUUAUUCAUCUGUCAUGAAAAUGUAUGUUUGACUGUAACCACUGUGGUGGUUUCAACUUUCAUAGAGAACAGUGGCUUGCUGUCAUGGCGGAAAAAAUCAUAACAUCAAUAGCAGAGCUGUUUUAAGUCUUUUCGGGGCAGGUCCAAGUCAAGUCUCAGAUCCUUGAAAACAUUCCAACUUUAGUCCAAACUUUUAAAAAGCGAAAUACAAGUAAUUUGAAUGCUGACUAAUAAAAUUCCACGUUUUGCUUUCAAAGCUCUGUUAUUAGUGAUUAUUAAAUGGCCUAGACCAGUCCUUUCAAUGCAUUGGCUCAAUUACUGAAUAUUCAAGCUGUGUGUGCAAAUGGGACUGUUGCUGUCUUACCUGCUUUGCAUUGAUCCUUGAUUUUCACAUCCAAGUGAAUAAGCAUGUAUAACGCACUCAUUCUUGUGACUUAAAUGUGACUUGACUACAGGCUCUGGUCCACAGAAACUCUCCGCUGUCCAUCCAUAAACUCAGUAAGGACAUACACAAGUUUUUUUUUUGUUUUUUUACAGAUGUAAAUGUUCGAGUUUCUCUCAUUAAAAUUAUAAUUCAAAUGAUUCUUUUGUUGUAAAAUGGUGCUUUAUGGAGCCAUUAAUAUUUCCAUCAACCUGUAAAUGCUGUUUCAGUCUAACAUAAUGAUUUUUCAGCAGUUGAAGAAUGCAGCGUGUUGAAAUACACUGGUAAUGUUCCUCAAGUUUUCCCCAUGGUAUAAAAUUCCCAUCAACUGUCCAGAGGAGGAAUUGUAACAGGAAAUUGUUAUGAAAGUGUUUCUGGCACAAACAGCCACUUUGUUUGUGGUAUUCUCAUUAUGAUAUGACCUGAAUGUGUUUGUUAGUAUGUGUGCAUAUUUCAUUU